CUAGUCUUUAUACAUUGUUCACUUUUAUUUUCCUUCAUCCGUUUUUCGUCGUGCUGUAACGUUGCCACGUGCAAGAAGAGUCACGACUUGUACGCGUAAACCUUCCUUUCCGAUACCGGCUCAUCGACCGUGUACGGCCUCGCCUCCAAUUCCAGAAUCAGACACAAGAGCGAGCUCUACUCUGAAUCAUUUGACGCGUCCCCACUCCGCCAUCAUCCGCUGCAAGCCAACAGCACUUGCCACUGCCAUCGCCAUCAGUCCAUACCGGGGCCAUCGGGACCCAUCUUCUCAAUCACGGAUCUCUUUCCCUCCGACAUCCAGCUCCGUUCUCUGCCACUGUCACUCUCACUCGUCCUCACCUUUCAGCUAGGGCAAAGGCGUCAAUUAUUGCCACCACCGCCUUAGAGUUAGAAGCUUGGAAUAAUAACCAAGAUAACAAGGAUCGAUUAUACACGGUAUACCUGCACGUCGCUUUUGCGCGCCUGAGAGUUAUUUUAGGAACCCGAAAGGCUGGCUUACAAUACACAUUGCCGGGUGAUCUACCUUAUCUUCGUAUUUUAUAACCUUUUUCCGAGCAUCAGACGAACACAGGAAUCACGCACGGUACUCUGUCCCCAGUUAUCAGCUACGCAUCUCUCAUCUCAAGCCGUGUUCGGAAAAUAGGGAAACGCAACACGAUCUCGGACAAAAAACAUUACCGACACACACACACACACUCACACCUGGCGCACUUCACGUUCCGAAUUUCUAUUGUCUACUGUCCGAACGCCUAUUGUCUUUGCGUCACGCACGACCGAUUAAGCCCUAGGUGCGAUAAUAACUGGAUCCUCGGUAUUCUCUUCUGCUUGAAUCACUUUAUCCCUCAGCAUUCUCUCUCGCCUCUGGUGCCAUCCGAAAGACAUACCAGUUUCCCGACAAUACUGUCUACGCGUCAAGCAGAAAAGCAUUCCCCGUUUUGCACAUCUUCAAAGCUAGUGCCACGCCGAGUAAAUUCGUGAUCCAUUCAUCACCAACUGCGCAUACCAGCAACGACCAACUUUCAGACGAGAUGGGUGGAUGUAUGUCUUCGCCCACGACUGGCGAUCCCGUAGCCGAGGCACGUAGUAAAGAGAUUGACCGAGCUUUGAAGGAAGAUGAGAAACGUAUGGCGAAAGAAGUCAAGCUGCUAUUGUUGGGAGCAGGAGCGAGUGGAAAGUCGACAAUCUUGAAACAGAUGCGUCUGAUACAUGACAAACCGUUUGAAUCAAAUGAGGUCGAGGACUACCGGAAACUCACAUUUUCUAACAUUGUCGGUGGCAUGCGCGCCAUCAUCGAUGUGAUGGACGAACUAGGCCUUGCCGUCCAACCCGAAAACCGCAGAUACAUCUCCCUCGUCGACGCCGAACCACCUAUAAAUACCAAUGAACCGUACCCCAUCAAGUACCUCACCGCCCUCAAAAGUCUUUGGGCAGACCAGAAUGUACAGGAAUGUUACAAGCGAGGAAAUGAGUUUGCUUUGGCAGAGAAUAUGCCGUACUUCUACGCCGAUUUGGAUAGAUUGUUUGCACAAGAUUUUAAACCGAGUAGUGAUGAUAUAUUAAGGGUUAGAAGUAAGACAACAGGUAUCACGGAGACAAGAUUCCCUAUUCACGACGUAGUGUUUAGACUAUUUGAUGUAGGUGGUCAGAGGUCAGAAAGACGGAAGUGGGCGUCAUGCUUCGAGGACGUUACAGCCAUUUUGUUCCUUGUAGCUCUUUCAGAUUACAAUUCGUGCCUGAUAGAAGACCGAGAAUCGAAUGGUAUGCAAGAAGCUCUCAUGCUGUUUGAUUCUAUUUGUAACUCCCAAUGGUUCACCAAGUCAUCAAUCAUUCUAUUCCUCAACAAGGCCGAUCUUCUCCAAGCCAAAAUCCAAGACCCAAGUCAGCAGAUCCAGGAAUAUUUCCCCGAAUUCGAGGGCCAGCCCUACUCCUUCCAGGAUGCAGUCGACUUCUUCAAGAUCAAGUUUAGGUCGUUGAAUAGGACAUCGAAGAAGGAAAUUUAUUGCCAUGUGACGACGGCGGUGGAUAGGCAGAAUGUCAAGGUUGUAAUGACUGCUUGUCAAGAUACGAUCUUAAAAAAUGCUCUGAGAGAUAUGGCUAUUCUAUAAUGUCUUUAGAAAAGGUAAUGCGGGACUAUGAACAAGGGAAAUAAAGCAGUAUAUUGUCUCUCUGUGGCUCGAUUUUCUCUUUAUCAGUAUAUAUUCGUCUGUUUCUUUAUCUACUUUAACACAAGUAGUUGGGAUUUUUGUGGAGUUGUCUGUACACAUAUACCCGCAUGGGGGUUUCGGCUUUCUGCUCUAUUAUCCUAUCUGAU